CCAUGGCAGCCCGCCGCCGCCCGCGGGGCUCCGCUUGUAGGGGCUGCCAGCCCUGCGGAGACCCCCCUGUGCCCGCCCAGGGCCCCCAUGGAGUGGCAGUUGCGGAGCCCAGUCGCCGAGCAGUAGCCGCAGCAGUGGGAUGUGGACCUGGCGGUGCCUCUUCCUUUGGGCUGUGCUGGUCGCAGCCGCGCUCUCCGCUGCCCGGCCGGCCCCCACCCUGCCCGAGCAAGCUGUGCCCAAAGCAAAAAUCGAAGUGGAGUCGUACUCGGCCCACCCCGGCGAGCUGCUCCAGCUGCGCUGCCGGCUGCGGGAUGACGUGCAGAGCAUCAACUGGGUGCGUGACGGCGCCCAGCUGGCCGAGAACAACCGCACGCGCAUCACCGGCGACGAGGUGGAGCUCAGGGACGUGGUGCCCCAGGACUCGGGGCUCUAUGCCUGCAUGACCAACAGCCCCUCGGGGAGCGAGACCACCUACUUCUCCGUCAACGUCUCAGACGCCCUCCCCUCUGCAGAGGAUGAUGAUGAUGAAGAUGAUUCCUCGUCGGAGGAGAAGGAGGCGGAUAACACCAAGCCGAACCAGGCCAUCGCUCCCUACUGGACCUAUCCCGAGAAGAUGGAGAAGAAGCUCCACGCUGUCCCCGCUGCCAAAACAGUGAAAUUCAAAUGUCCAUCGAGCGGGACACCCAACCCCACCCUGCGCUGGCUGAAGAACGGCAAAGAGUUCAAACCUGACCACCGCAUCGGGGGGUACAAGGUCCGCCAGGCAACCUGGAGCAUCAUCAUGGACUCGGUGGUGCCAUCUGAUAAGGGCAACUACACCUGCAUCGUGGAGAACAAGUAUGGCAGCAUCAACCACACCUACCAGCUGGAUGUCGUGGAGCGCUCCCCGCACCGGCCCAUCCUGCAGGCAGGGCUGCCUGCCAACAAGACAGUGGCCCUGGGCAGCAACGUGGAGUUUGUCUGCAAGGUCUACAGCGACCCUCAGCCCCACAUCCAGUGGCUGAAGCACAUUGAGGUCAACGGCAGCAAGAUCGGCCCCGACAACCUGCCCUACGUGCAGAUCCUGAAGACGGCUGGCGUUAACACGACAGACAAAGAAAUGGAAGUCCUUCACUUAAGGAAUGUCUCAUUUGAGGAUGCUGGGGAGUAUACAUGUUUGGCGGGUAAUUCUAUUGGGAUCUCCCAUCACUCUGCAUGGUUGACAGUUCUCGAAGCUAUUGAAGACACCCCAGCCAUGAUGACGUCUCCCUUCUACCUGGAGAUCAUCAUCUACUGCAUCGGAGCCUUCCUCAUCUCCUGCAUGGUGGUGACCAUCAUCAUCUACAAGCUGAAGAGCACCACCAAGAAGACAGACUUCAACAGCCAGCUGGCCGUGCACAAGCUGGCCAAGAGCAUCCCCCUGCGCAGACAGGUAACAGUGUCGGCCGACUCCAGCUCCUCCAUGAACUCGGGCGUGAUGCUGGUGCGGCCCUCGCGCCUCUCCUCCAGCGGCACCCCCAUGCUGGCCGGCGUCUCCGAGUACGAGCUGCCCGAGGACCCGCGCUGGGAGCUGCCCCGGGACAGGCUGAUCCUGGGCAAGCCUCUGGGAGAAGGGUGCUUCGGGCAGGUGGUGCUGGCGGAAGCCAUCGGCCUGGACAAGGACAAGCCCAACCGUGUGACCAAGGUGGCGGUGAAGAUGCUCAAGUCCGACGCCACGGAGAAGGACUUGUCUGACCUCAUCUCCGAGAUGGAGAUGAUGAAGAUGAUUGGCAAGCACAAGAACAUCAUCAACCUGCUGGGAGCCUGCACGCAGGAUGGACCCCUCUAUGUGAUUGUGGAAUAUGCCAGCAAGGGCAACCUCCGGGAGUACCUGCAGGCACGGCGGCCCCCGGGCAUGGAGUACUGCUACAACCCCACCCGAGUGCCCGAGGAGCAGCUCUCCUUCAAGGACCUGGUCUCCUGUGCCUACCAGGUGGCACGGGGCAUGGAGUACCUGGCCUCCAAGAAGUGCAUCCACAGGGACCUGGCAGCCAGGAAUGUGCUGGUGACAGAGGACAACGUGAUGAAGAUUGCUGACUUCGGGCUGGCCCGUGACAUCCACCACAUCGAUUACUACAAGAAGACAACAAAUGGUCGCCUGCCAGUGAAGUGGAUGGCCCCCGAGGCUCUUUUUGACAGAAUCUACACCCACCAGAGUGAUGUGUGGUCCUUCGGGGUGCUGCUCUGGGAGAUUUUCACGCUGGGUGGGUCACCCUACCCCGGUGUGCCCGUUGAGGAGCUCUUCAAGCUGCUGAAGGAAGGUCACAGGAUGGACAAGCCCAGCAACUGCACCAACGAGCUGUACAUGAUGAUGCGGGAUUGCUGGCACGCCGUCCCCUCCCAGAGACCCACCUUCAAGCAGCUGGUGGAAGACCUGGACAGGAUCGUGGCCAUGACCUCCAACCAGGAGUACCUGGACCUGUCCAUGCCUCUGGAUCAGUAUUCCCCCGGCUUCCCGGACACGCGCAGCUCCACCUGCUCCUCGGGAGAGGACUCUGUGUUCUCCCACGACCCGCUCCCGGACGAGCCGUGCCUUCCCAAGCUGCCCCCUCAGCACAGCAAUGGUGGACUGAAGCGACACUGAGGGUGGCACUGCCAGGGGUGCCGUGCCACGCCGUGCCCGUGGACGCUGCCUGCGCAGCCCGGUUGUGCUGAGCUGUUUGCAGAAAGGGUUCAGAGACAUCCGUAGCAUCUCACCCAACCAAAACCACCCACCUCCUGCCAGCUUCUCCUGCCGCUCGUGUCAGCUCUCCACAGCCCAAAGGGUUUCCAUGGCCUUUCCUCCUUUUGUUUUUAAGCCUCUUUUCCCUCAGUUCUGUGAGUGUUCCCACCUGGCUGAGCUGAAAUCCUCUCCUGUGGGCAAUGCAUGGCCAAAGAGCCAGCCGGGCAUCCUGGGGUGGCACAUGCUGGUCGGGCACAGGGAGCCAGGCUGGUCUGCCACCCGGAGAGCCUGCUGAGCCAGGAACAGCACCUGGCUCCUUUCGGCUGCACGAGGAGGGAGCCUUGGCACUCUGGGAGCUUUGGCGUGCCAGGAACCUCUCUGGUGUGCUGGGAGCCUCACUGGUGUGCCACGAGCCUCACUGGUGUGCCAGGAUUCUCACUGGUGUGUCAGGAGCCUCGUGGUGUGCUGGGAACCUUGUGGUGUGCCCAGAGCCUCACUGGUGUGCCCAGUGCCUCACUGGUGUGCCAGGAGCCUCAGCGUGCCAGGGGCCUCGUGGUAUGGGGCUCCCUCUGUGCCCAGGAUGCCCCCAGGCCACAGGAGCAGCACUCUGGGCUUUGCUGAGCCAGGCCCAGCACACCCAGGGCAGGAGCCCUGCACUGCUCAGAGGUGACUGAACCCACCUGUGCUAAACCCAGAGUCCCGUGUACAUAACGAAAAAUAUGUAUAAAUAUGAAUAUAUAUUUACAUGUCUUUUUAAAAAGGGUUGUUACCAGAGAUAUACCAGUUUGGUAGGAAGGUACUAGUGGCUGGUAGAUAUCAGUUGCUAUAUAAAAAAAAAAAAAAAGUCAUAUAUUUUGCUAUUUUUGCUGUUUUUAUUUUUUUAAAUUAUGUUCUAAACCUAUUUCAGUUUAGGUCCCUCGAUAAGAAUUGCUGCUGCUGCUUCAGUUUUAUAUGGGGUUUUAUUAAACAAUAAUAAUAACGUGUCGAUGCCUUUUGGGAACCCGUUGUCAUUACGUGCCUGGCCUUGCCCUGGCCCCGUGUCCCCCCACAGGGCUCCAGCGGGGCUGGGGCCACCCAGUGCCCGUGGCACCGCUUUGGGGGUGCCCUGGGGAGGGAGGGAAGGGGCUGCCACCCCUGCCCGGCCGUGGGAGUGGUGCCAGGGGGCUCCAGCCCCGCUCGGUGCCAGCCCCGCUCCCCGGGCAGCGCCUGCCAGUGCCUUACCAGGGGGGCAACCUCACCCCAGCUCUGCCCGUCCGUGCUCCCCAGGCUGUGCCGUGCCCCAGCUCUGGACAGACAGACGGACAGGGCGCUCGCUGGCUGGGGCAGGAGCCACCUGAACCCCCCCCCUCCCCUCCAGUCCCUGCCGCCGGUGUGGAGACGCUGGGAGCCAGGCCGCUGUUACUUGAAAAAGUUUAUUUUGCCUUUGUAUGGAGAAAUAUUAUUUGUUGUAAACUCUUCUGUAAUGAAUCUGGAAUUCUUGUAAUUAUUAAAGACUUCAACCGCC